GCCUUGCCCAAGAAACGCCAAGCAAGCAGGCGGCUCAAAUCGACCUGGAGCGGUCUCGCCUUCCUUGCCUGCUUCAUACCCAGAAAGCUCCUCAGACGGCAGACACCAUGGCGGCGGGGCUCCCGGACGACCUCGUGCUCGAGUACGACAUGCUGCAGCUCGUGGACGGCGACGACCUCGCCGGCGGCUUCCACAUGGACGCGGCGCCCUCCGCGUCCCCUUCGGCCACCGUCGAGGACCUGCUGGCCAGCUGCUCCGUGGGCGUGAGCAUCGCCACGGCCGACGCGGCGGCGGCCAAUGGUACCUCGGCCUCCACCUCGUGCGCGUCGUCGGCCUGCGCGGCCGGAGGCGCUGGCUGCUCGACGGCCACGGCGUCCAAGUCGCCCGAGCCGGCGGAGACCAACACUCAGGACGAACUUGCCGCCUUCCUAUUGGACGGCGAGCAGUUCCUGCGCGACAUGGAGAAGGUGGUAAAAUUAGACUUGGACGAGAAUCAGAAGAAUCAGACGGCGCUGGAGCAGAGUGAUGGUGCCAUCGACCUGGAUGCCUUCACGGGCCUGGACAUGCUGCCGUCACCCUGCCCGAGCGCCCCCAGCACGUGCCCGAGCACGGCCGACGGGUCGCCUUGCAAGAACGACGAGGACGAGUUCGGCGUCGAGUGCCCGCUGCUGGCCGAGGAGCAGAAGAAGCACGAGGAGCAGGCCCGGAGGUACCACGAUGCGCUGAUGGGCCACGUGCUGCCCCCCAUCGUGUCAGCCUCGCCGAUGCCUUCGAUGCCCGAGGAGACUGCCAACGAGCCGGAUAUGCUGGAGGUGCACGACGAGGAGGACGAAGAAAUGGAGGAGGAAGCCAUGGAUGACGAGAUGGACUUGUUGGAGAAGGAGGCCAAGUAUCUGGAUGCUCAAAGGGAUUUCCUGCAGUCUCGUGCCAAGUCGAGCCGCCCCCAGCGGAAGAGCAUUAAGCAGCGUCGCCCGCGUGACACGGAGCAGCCGAAGCUGCUGGCCAAGAGCCAGGAGGACAACCAGCUCCUGAAUGACCUCGUGAACCAGCAGAAGGUGUACCAGGACAACUUCAAGGCCAUGCUGGCGUUCGCUCCGGUGAACGACGUGCGAAUGGCGUUGAUGACGCCCAUGGAGUCGUACAUUCGUCUCGGCAAGGACUUCGACGAGAGGAGAAAAACCAUUCUGUCUCUUCGUGAGGAGAAGCUCGACAUGACCUACAAAUUCAUCGAACAGAAGGCUGCUGGCCUGGACAUUAACCAGCCGUACCAGUACUCGGACAUGUUUGAGAAGUUCGGCAAGCACUACUGCGUGAACUUUGCCAUCUCCAAGUACGACGGAGUGAGCGUCUUCCAGGUUGGACGCGCCAUCUACGAACAGAUUGCAGGCAAGGACGAGGCACUGAACAACGCGAUGGGAAGCACAACGAUUCGUGAGUCGUUCGAUACGAUCAAGUGUAACUUCAUGCACCAGCGCAUCGUUUCAAGUAUGCACUGGGAGGGCGAGGACGCAGACAAAAUGCCGGACAUGGAGUCGAACGCCAUUUUCUACUGUCGUUUCGGCGACAACUCAGCAGUGCUAGCAACAGAUUACAUCGACCAGGACGACCUGCACCCGUACGACACAUCAAACCGCAUCCGAAAGGAUGUUUCCAGCGGCGUGGUGCUGUCCGGCCACACAGAUGCCAACGGCAAGAAGUUCGUAGUGAUGAAGCGGUACUUGAUGGCCAAGUACCACAUGUACCCCCACAAGGUGUCCCAGGAGCAGCAGGAUCGUUUCUUUGCCAGCAUGCCCAAGUGCCACGACACAAUGAAGACGCUCAUAGUGGACCGCUUGCAGCGCAACGAAACGGGCUGUCCAUGCGCAGGCGAGGAAUGAGCGGCUUAGCCUGUAUGACGACACGUUCAGGUCCGCGAAGUUGUGUGCGGCGUCUUCGAGGUGAGCG